CACUGAGAGAAGUAAGCAGUACAAGUCACGAAACAACCCUAUCGCCAAAAGCUUAGCUUAAGCACGUCAUCCGUUAUGAAGACUGCGGCAAAAAGAACAAAAGAACUGUUUAACUGGGAAGAAUACUUGAAGGAGAGUGGUGCAGUUGGUGCUCCUGCGCUUUAUUUCAGACAGUCUAGGACUCCACCCUGCAACGAUUUUAAAGUUGGUAUGAAAGUGGAAGCUCAUGACCCUCGAAACGUUACGUCUGUUUGUAUAGCGACAGUCAUUGGAAUCUCAGGAGCUCGUUUACGUUUGCGCCUGGAUGGCAGUGAUGAUAAAAAUGACUUUUGGAGGCUGGUGGAUUCCGCUGACAUCCAACAAAUUGGCACAUGCGAGAAAAAGGGAGAUAUGCUGCAGCCACCUUUGGGAUUCCGGAUGAACGCCUCUUCCUGGCCCAUGUUUCUCUUAAGAACAUUAAAUGGAGCAGAAAUGGCGCCAGCAGCUUACUUUAAAAAGGAGCCACAAAAGCCACCCCAGAACCUAUUUAAACCUGGACUAAAACUUGAAGCUGUGGACAAGAAAAAUCCUUUUUUAAUAUGUCCAGCUACAGUAGGUGAAGUGAGAGGAGAUGAAAUCUUUAUAACAUUUGAUGGAUGGAGAGGGGCAUUUGAUUACUGGUGCAGAUAUGACUCCAGAGACAUCUUUCCAGUUGGAUGGUGCAGUAUAACUGGUGAUUCUUUGCAACCUCCUGGAAACUAUGUUUCAGUUUCUAAGAACCCAAGUGCCUCAGUAUCCCCUGUAAAAGCUAUCAGACGGUCCAUGCAGUCCCCUCAGAAGCCUGUGCUGGCGCAGAAAGGAAGGAAGCCUAUGCGCGACAAGCCUCUUGAAGAAGCUCCCAGCCCGUCAAGAAAAGGCAAGCGUCCAAAAAACACCACGCUGGCAAGAAAUGUGCUAAACACUGAUAACCUAAAAAGGAGGAGGGGAUUAAAACCAGGGAGGAAGAAAGAAAUCCUGCCAUUGCAUCAAUCUCUAACUGCCGCCGAAUCGAAUGGAGACAUCAGUAAAUCCCAAAUUAUUAAAGAUGCUGUGAGCGCUAUGAAUUCUCCUAUGGCAGUCAUUUCAACAGUUUGUGUGUAUGUGAACAAACACGGCAACUGUGGACCUCAUCUAGAUAAGAAGAAAGUGUUACAGCUUCCUGAUCAUUUUGGGCCUGGCCCAGUGAAUCUAGUGCUACAGCAGGCAGUGCAAGCCUGUGUAGACUCUGCAUAUCAUUGUAAAGUAGUGUUUGGCUUUCUAAAGUCUGGUCAUCAUGGAGGAGAAAUGAUAACUGCAUCUUUCGAUGGGGAGAAACACUCUGUUCAUCUGCCACCAGUCAACAGUGCGUCAUUUGUAUUACGUUUCUUGGAAAAACUUUGUCACAGUUUGCAGUGUGAUAACCUGUUCAGUAGCCAGCCGUUCAGUCCAUACAUGGGUCCAUUGCAUGGUCCAGCAGACUACGACAGAAACAAAGCCUCUAAAGAGGAGAUUGCAGAUAGGAGCAGCAAAAGAUUUCAGCAGGAACCCCCUCCCUACUCAGCACCCCUUUCCCCAAAGUUGCCCAGGACAGAAUCAUCUCAUCCAUCUGAAGCUGAAACGUUGCCUUUGGAAGAAAAUGAUACUCCCAAAGAUCCAAGGUACUCGGAGGAGUCCAUGGAUUCUGCACUCAAUGCAAUCGACCCUCGCAGUCCUUCCCCUCGAAAUGCAGAGUAUCGCCCAGGGGGAAACACGCCAUCGUUUUAUAGGACCUCUCUGCAGCCUGUGACUCCUACCUCAAAUAGUGCACCACUGAUACGCAGAUCAUCUUCUAGCUCUGCAGGAAACAGCUGUUACUAUGAUACUAGCAGGAACCGGAUACACAGGAGGAUAGAAGCUGCAAGUUCAACCACUGGACCAGAGCUAUGCUCUUCUGAACGGGAAUCCUCAAGAACACAUAGCAAAGAUCCAUCCACCUGGUCUGUGGAUGAAGUUAUACGCUACGUAAAAGAAGCAGAUCCACAAGCAUUGGCUCCUCAUGCUGAACUCUUCCGGAGACACGAAAUUGAUGGCUCUGCAUUCCUCUUACUUCGAAGCGAUAUGAUUAUGAAGUACAUGGGUCUGAAGCUUGGCCCAGCCUUGAAACUAUGCUAUCAUAUUGAAAAACUGAAACAAGGAAAGUAUUGACAGACUCGGCACAAACAGCACUUGUCCAUUGGAUUUACCUCAAAGUUUGCUCUACCUAUCAUCUCUAUGACAAAGCUUACAAAUGCUACAAAUACCUCCUGCGGAAAUUCAGUG